AAUAAUUUGCGGAGAGGGGAAGAAAUAAUCUGGUGGAGUCGGCGCAUUGUGUUCACGUGAUGACGUGACACUUUGUGGGACUCAUUUUUAUGCAAUACAGCUCAUUUUCCGAUUACCAUAAGAUGGCGGGAACCUCUCUCCACCCGUCGUUUCCGGUGGAACAAAUGGGUCCGAAACCGUACGGAGGAAAACUGACACGUGGAAACCUUGCCAAAGAGCGUGGGACGCACGCUCGGUUGUGACAUCAGGUGAUUCGUCUCGUGUUACUGUUUUGGUUUGGGGGAUCUAAUUCUUAAGGGUUUGAGAUCGUAUGGACACAACAAAGGACAAAAUUAGUGGAAAACAACACAUUUCAGUUUUUUUCCUCUAGUUGGUCGGAUCUGGAGACUUCCAUAACGCAACGGCAACCAUUUUUCUUAAAUAUACGCGAUUAUGAUAAUACGACGACCGUAAUUCUACAUAAGGUUUUUUCCUUUGUUAUCACCUACAUCGAAUAGCUUUAAUUGAAAAUGUAUAAUAGAUUCAAAUAUCUUUUAUCGUUUACAAGUUUAUAUGCGAUUCACGAGAUUAUGAUUGACAAUGCAAUAUUUUUGAGUUGUU